AUAUAUAAAUUGCAUCAUUUACAUACCGUCGAACACUGCAGACUGACAGAUUGUGGUUUCAGGACAGUUUACAUUUGUUUUCAUUCGAUUGAACGUGUUUCGUGUUCAGUGCUGCACUUUUGAUUAUCUGUUGUUAUCGGGAUAAAUCACGAUUGACCCGAUAGUGUUAAAUCAUGAAUUUAGCUUUCAAACUAAACACUGGAUAUUCUAUUCCCCUGGUUGGAUUUGGUACCUAUCAAAUUCGGGGUAGCGAACUCAUUUACGAAACUCUGGAUUAUGCCCUAAAUGCCGGCUACCGACAUAUUGACACUGCCGUGGUCUAUGGUAAUGAACAUCAUAUUGGAAACGCCCUGAAGAAGCUGCUUCCCAAGUACAAUUUAAAACGUGAGGAUAUCUUCAUCACUUCCAAGCUGAUAUCCCAAGUAAACAAAGGUGAACGGUUUGUGGAAGAACUCGUAUUGAAGUCAUUAUCCAAUUUACAAACUGAAUAUAUUGACCUCUACCUGAUCCACUGGCCUGGUGUUAGCGGCCUCCAAGUAUCACAUCCAGACAACAUCAAGUAUCGUAAGUGUACCUGGAAUGUGUUAACGAAGCUGCACCGCGAGGGCAAAUGUCGAUCGAUUGGCGUUUCCAAUUACACGGUGAAGCACAUUAGAGAGCUGCUGGCUGACUGUAAUGGUGUGCGACCAGCUGUUAAUCAGGUUGAGUGGCAUCCCCGUUGCUUCCAGCUGGAGCUGCUCGAACUGUGCCGAUCCGAGGGAAUAUUUCUGCAGGCGUACUCCUCUCUCGGUACGUCUAACUACACCGAACUGAGACAGGAUCCAGUGGUGACCGACAUUGCCGCUCGCCUCAACCGAUCGCCAGCGCAGGUGCUGUUACGCUGGGGGCUACAGCGUAACGUUGGUGUUUUGCCAAAGGGCAGCUCGAAGGGGCAUAUUGACGAAAACAUUGCGCUUGAUUUUGUGAUUCCCCCGGAAGAUAUGAAAUCGUUGGACCAUCUCAAGGAAACUAGUGGGGCGAAAUUUGCCUGGAAUCCCGAUACCGUUGUUUAAUGUGUUAACAAUAUACUGGUUUUGCAAUCAGUCGGUGCCUUUAGACGUAGCAAGCUUACUAACGUACUUUAUUUUAAGAAGGGGUGUUGUUACUAUCGCAAUAAAUUCUAUUCUAUUCUA